AGUAUGCUUUUAACCAUACUUGUCAAUGACCUACCCAUGCUGUCACAUACGCUAUUGUGGCACAGAUAUAAACAUGAGUCCUCUAUAUAUCUCUAUGAGCUAGCCUAACCGGAGCCAGCUGUGUCAGAUGAAUAGAGAGAAAUAGGGUGUCAUUUGUUCAGAGACUUGCACUAACAUUACAAUUAUUGAAUUGUCAGUGAAAUAUUUGAAUAAUGGAUUUAAACAUUAUCCUGUUGCAGCUUCAAACUGACAAUGAAGAGGACAUUGAAAUGCUUUUGCACCAGUACAACGGAGAGAAUAAUCUCACAUUCACCUUUGACCCAAAAGGGGAGGAUCUACGAAGUAGGCUGUGUCAGGGCCUACUGACUGUGCUGGGGAGGCAGGUUGGGCCCCGCUGUCAGAGUACCUGCCUGGAGACCCUCCGCAUUCUGUCCCGAGACAAGCGGGUCCUGGGCCCUGUGGGAACCCGGGAGGGCAUGUUGGUCCUGGCCGGGCUGGCCCGGUUGAGGGGGGGAGCGGAAGGGGGUGACUGCCUGCAGAGGGAGGUCCAGAUAGAGGAGAAAGAGAGGGUAGUUGUGGAGGCCCUCAAGUGCCUGUGUAACGUGGUGUUCAACAGCACAGCAGCGCAGCAGGUGGGUGCCGACGUGCAGCUUGCACGGGGUCUGUGUGCCCGCCUGCACGCCGCCCGCACUGGGCGCCACGAGGUGGGCCUGUUCUCUCUGCGCCUGCUCUUCCUGCUCUCGGCGCUGCGACCAGACGUCCGGGGGGCACUCCGGAGGGAGCUGUGUGCCGUGGGGCUCCUCAAAGAGGUGCUGGAGUGUACCCUGGAUGUACGCUGGGUGGGCCCCUACGAGGUGGCCCCUCUAGACCCCCAGGCCCUGCCCAUCCCUGCAGAAGACAAUGAGAGGGCCAUGGAGGCCCUGAAAGCCCUGUUCAACCUCACACUGUCUGACACUAGCGACGAGGAUGGUGACCACCAGCUCUGCCUCAUCACUGCCAUCAUUCGCCAUCUAUUGAUGCUAAAGACUCAGGCAGAGGACAAAACAGAGGAAGCACACAGCCACGCAAUCAAUUUGCUUAGUAACCUGCCUGUGUCUUGUCUGGAUGUGCUGAUUGAUGUGCCCGUCCAGGGGGGCCAGGAGGAGUACAGCGGGAAGAACAUGGACGUUGUGCAGGUGCUACUGGACUUCAUGGAGAAGAGGAUAGACAAGCAGGGCGCCAACUACAAAGAGGGGCUGACCCCAGUUCUCAGCCUGCUGACAGAGGGCUCCAGGUACCACAGGGAGAUCCGCAGAUACAUCAAGACACAGGUGCUGCCCCCUCUGAAGGAGGUCAAGGUCCGGCCGGAGAUCGGGUCCACCAUCAGGAACAAACUGGUGCGUCUCAUGACCCACGUGGACAUGGGUGUGAAGCAGAGCGCAGCAGAGUUCCUAUUUGUCCUCUGCAAAGAGAACGUGGACAACCUGUUGAAGUACACAGGAUAUGGUAAUGCAGCAGGACUCCUGGUGGCUCGAGGCCUGCUGGCAGGGGGGCGAGGAGAGACAAAGUAUUCAGAUGACGAAAACUCUGACACUGAAGAGUACAAAUCGGCUAAACCUUUCAUCAAUCCCAUCACGGGCCACGUGGAGGAACCCAUGCCUAACCCCAUAGAAGAGAUGACUGAGGAGCAGAAAGAGUACGAGGCCCAGGAACUAGUCAAUAUGUUCGACAAGUUGUCAAGGCAGCAGCUGAUUAGGCCCAUGGGGGUGAGGCGGGAUGGCUCACUGGCGCCCCUAGAGGAGGCUCUGAGACAGCCCACAACUGAUAGCUGCAGCUCAGACUCAGACUAGAGCCACUACCACCCCAGACCCCAUAUACCUAUAAUAGGCUGUGUCCAACACAGUUCCCAUUUCCUCACACCCCUGUCUGUCUAUAUGUCUGUCUUCUUCUGUCUGUCAGACUGAAGGGGCCUUUCCCCAUAGGCUGUUCUGUUCUCUAAAGCUGACUUAUGCCUGACUUGAUACGACACAGGAAAGGACAGGAUUAAGGUCGAGCACAUGUUCCGACCACACCAUUGUUACUACUUAGAUGUAUUUUUAUUUGAUAUACCAUUUCUCUGCUCAGUGUUCUCAAAUUUGAUAGAAUGGAAGAUUAGCUCUUAAUCAAAUUGUACUGUAAUCUGUAUAGAUGUGAAUCACUGAAAGAAUGGUAGCCGGGGUGGGGUUUGACCAAAUUUGACUUGGAUAAGAAAUCAUUCCUUAGAUAUAAUUAUGUAGAUUUUGUUCUUUAUAUGUUUAAAGUGUCAAUAUUUAUAAGGAUGAGAAGUCUUUUUGUUGUUGUUGUUGUAACAUCUAGUGCUACGAUGAUCAGAGCAGUAGCCACUGGUUUUACAGUACCAGUCAAAGGUUUUCAUUAUUUGUACUAUUUUCUACA